AUGGAAGUUAUUAAGCUUGCUCAAAUAUAUUUUAUAAAUAAUGAUACACGGAUGUACAAUGAAGAAACUGAUACUCCAGCUGAAUCUCGAACUUCUACUAUUAAUGAAGAUUUAGGUCAGGUUAAUUAUGUGUUCACCGAUAAGACAGGCACUUUGACUGAAAAUAUUAUGUUAUUCAGACAAAUGAGUGUUUGUGGUCAAAAAUUUUUACAUGAUAAAGAUGGUAAUAGAAUCGAUACUGAUGAAUUGUUAAAAAUGUUAUCUAUGUCUUCAUCAAGAUCCAAAAAAAAGCUUACAAUAGCUUCGAUUUUAUCUUCAAAACAACGAAAGAAUAAUACCGAUGAUCUUAAUGAUAAAACUGAUGAUAUAAUACCAACGGCUUCAGUAACUCGUCAAAAUUCUGUAACAAGCGUCAAUUUUUCUAUGAUUGCACCAAGUCCUACAUCUCCGUCGUCGUAUUCAAUGAAAUCUAAGAAAGUAUUAGGAAGUCAAUCAAUUAUGAGCACACUUGAUUUAUUGACUUUAAUACAUUAUUUACCAAAUACUCCUUUCGAACAACGUGCUAAAUUUUUCUUGCUUGCCAUGUCCCUAUGUCACACGUGUGUGCCAGAAGUUGACAAAGAAACUGGUGAUAUAAUUUAUCAGGCUUCUUCACCUGACGAAUUUGCUAUUGCUAAUACUGCUAAAGAUUUGGGUUAUACCAUCACGGAUCGUUCUAGGGGAAAAGUUUCACUUAGGAUAAAUGAUCUUAUGCCUAAUAUUCCUGAUGAAAACAUUGUUUUAAAUCAAGAUUUUCAAAUAUUAAAUAUAUUAGAAUUUUCAAGUAAACGCAAGAGAAUGUCUGUAAUAUGUAGGCUUCCCGAUGGUAGAAUAUGUUUGUUCUGUAAAGGUGCUGAUUCUGUUAUUUUGGAUCGACUACGAGUUGCUAAUGAGAAAGAUGCGAUAGACCAAAAGGUUGAUAUUGACUCUGGAAAUAAUGAUAAUCACAUGGAGAAUAAUGAUUCAAAAACAUAUGAAUUUGAUGACAAUUGGAUAUGUCAACAGACAAUUCGACAUCUCCAUGAAUUCGCAAUUGAAGGUCUUCGAACUUUAUUAUAUGCACACCGUUAUAUUGAAGAGGAAGAGUAUAUACCAUGGAAUAAACAAUUUCAAGAAGCAUCAAAUUUGUUGAGAAAUAAACGGGAAAAACUUGAAGAAAUUUCUGAAUUAAUAGAACGUGAUUUGGAACUUACGGGUGCAACUGCUAUUGAAGAUAAAUUACAACGUGGUGUACCAGAAACUAUAAAAAAAUUACGUUUGGCUGGAAUUAAAGUUUGGAUGUUAACUGGUGAUAAACGUGAAACUGCUAUAAAUAUUGGACAUUCAUGUUCAAUUGUAAAAGAUCAUUCAAUGAUAAUAAAUAUUGAAAAGAAUACUGACCUUAUAACAAUUGCAAAUAUAUUAAAGGAUAAAACAGCUCAUAUGGUAAUAGUUAUAGAUGGCGAUGCAUUAAUGAAAAUCGAACAAGAUAUCGUAAUUAUGGAAUCAUUUUUAGAUUUGAGUAUCAAAUGUGACGCGGUAAUAUGUUGUCGAGCGAGUCCAUCACAAAAAGCUCUCUUAGUUCGUAGUAUCAGAGAAAAAUUAAAAAAUUCGGUUGUAACAUUAGCAAUUGGAGAUGGAGCAAAUGAUAUUGCAAUGAUACAAGAAGCGCAUGUGGGAAUAGGAAUAACUGGUCGAGAAGGUUUACAAGCUGCCAGGUCAAGUGAUUAUUCGAUUUCACAAUUCCGAUUCUUACAAAAUCUUUUGUUCGUUCAUGGUCGAUGGUCUUACGUUAGAGUAUCAAAAUUUGCAUUAGGAACACUAUAUAAAUGUAUGUGCUUUUAUUUGACGCAAGGGUUAUUUCAAUUAUUUACAGCAUUUUCUGGAACUAGUUUAUAUGAACAAUGGUCACUUGCCUCAUAUAACACUUUAUUUACAUCAUUACCCGUAAUGGUUAUUGGAAUAUUUGAAAAAGAUUUGAAUUACGAUACAUUAAUUGCAAUUCCAAGUCUUUAUAAAAUUGGACAAGAAAAUAAAGAAUUUAACAUUAAAAUAUUUUUUUCAUGGAUGAUUGGAGCAAUAUGUCACGCUAUAACUAUAGUAUUUGUACCAAUAUUAUUUCAUGGAUAUUUCCGGGAUUAUGAAAUUAGAAUCGGUGGAUCACCUCAAAUAUUUGAAUUAGGAAUGAUUAUUUAUACAUGUGUUGUAUUUAUAGUAACACUUCACAUUUCAUAUUUACAAUCUCAUAAUUGGACCGGUUUUUCACAUGUUACUUCAUUUUUAAUGAUAGGUGGAUGGUUUGCAUUUCAAAUUAUGUAUUCUUAUGCAUAUCCAACUAAUAACAAUUCUACCAUGUACGAAAUUAGGGGUGUGUUUCAAAGAGUUGGGAAUAAAGUUACCUUUUGGUCGGUAGUAUUGUUGACCGUGUCAUUUGCCUUGAUUCCACAUUUUAUUCUUAAAAUACUUAAAAAUUUGAUUAAAACUACCGUGGUAGAAUUUUAUCAGGAAGCUGAGAAAGAUCAAAAGUACUUAAAAAAGCUUAUAGAAUGUGAAAAUAUCGAUAGUGAAGAUUUUUAUAAUGAGGAAAAAGAUAGUACAAAAUUCGACGCUAAUCAAAUUUUCAAAUCAUCGGAAAAUCAUAACUCCUCUUCAACGACGAUCGUUGAUGAUAAUAUUGAUGGAAAUAUGACGCGUAUG